GAGAAGACAAAUGCCGAGAUCUUAGUUUCUGGAAGGAGGAUAGCAGAUGGGAAAUCACAUGGGAUAGACCAUUUGAAGACUUCAAGUGUAUCCGGACCCAAAGCACGACCUCCCACAGUACCCUCCCCUUUUAGCUUGAGGUGUGAAGAAAGAGCGGCAAAACGUAAAGAGUUCUUUCAAAAGCUAGAAGAGAAGACAAAUGCCAAAGAGGCAGAUAAAGUGUAUCUCCAAGCAAAAAAUAAGAUCUCACUGACACAGCCUAUGCAGGUUAAGAUGAAGUUAGUUAACCUGGGACAUGCUCAGAGCGAAGAAACAAGGAUGAAAAUUGGCAAUGGAGUGCGAAUGGGGUGGGAAAGGUGCCGUGAAAAACUGAAGCUGCAGGAAACUUGCUACUUUGAGUGGCAGAAUUUGAUAGCAGAAGCUUCUAGAAAGGGAUUUGUUGGUGAGGAAGAGAAGCAGUGGGACUCCUAUAAGAUCUUGGAUGAACAGCUCGGGCAGGAAUGGUUGGAGAGUGUUGAGCAAAGUAGAAAAAUGGCAAGACCGAAAGGUAGCAAGAGAGCACCCAAUUCUCUUGAGCAAAGGAGGAAAAUUUCAGAGGCCAUUUCUGCCAAAUGGGCUGAUCCUGCAAGGGCAUAUGUUGCAUUUUCUGCUGAGAAUGCAUACCGUGACAGGGUUUGCACUGCCCUUUAUAAAUAUCAUGGCACACCAGUUGGAGUAGAAAGGAAGCCAAAGAGAAGGCCAAGUAGUGAGGGACAACCCAGAACACAGAAUCCCACAAAGAAGAAAGCUAAUGACACUGAUAAUUCCACAGGGAAUGUGACUGAAAGCCAAAAGCAUCGUACUAGUUUAAGAAGUAAUAUGCCCUUAUUUAAGGAUCCUUUGGCAAGCUCCAAACUAGAGAUGAUAAAGAACAUUAGAGCAGAGAGAGCAGCUGCUGAAAAUAAGAAGACUGAAGCCAUUGAACGAGCAAAGUUAUUGAUUGCUGAAGCUGAAAAGGCUGCAAAGGCUCUUGAGGCAGCUGCAACAAAGAGCCCUCUCGCUCAAGCUUCCCUCAUUGAAACUAGGAAUCUCAUAGCCAAAGCAAUUCAAUCCAUAGAAAUUGGACAGAUUGAUUCUCAUGGGAAUGGUAGACACCCUUCAAUCGCCUUAGCAGAACUGGUCAACCAGGCUGAGAAAAAAUAAUCCAGGUAUUCAAGGUCUGAGCCAAACAGAUCACAGAGAAAUCAAUCAUUGUGUUUGGUUCCUAUUUUCUA